CCUGAGUAAAAGCGGCAUCGGCGCUAGGCCCGAUCUGGCCGAAAAAAGCUGCCAUGGACAUUCAACUACCAGAUUGAAACCGCAAGCUGCCUGCUCGUUACAUCGCGUACUACGGAGUAUUUCCUUGAGCUUCCCAGCUACACAAAAGCAGCCAACUCUCCUCGAACCACCUCCACAACUUCACAGGCCAAUCCGUCAAGAUGGGUGGCUUUACUUAUGGCGUCGGAAGCGCCACGACAGCUUUAUUGAUCGUUGCACUUUACAUGCUCUUUACCGGCAGUGGUGAAGCCUUCAAUGUUGGAGCUUUCCUCGAGUCAGUAUCACCAUACGCUUGGGCAGAUCUCGGUAUCGCCCUUUGCAUUGGUCUCUCAGUCGUCGGAGCAGCAUGGGGGAUCUUUAUCACCGGCUCGUCCAUUCUUGGCGCAGGUGUCAAGGCGCCACGAAUCCGAACCAAGAAUUUGAUUUCCAUCAUCUUCUGCGAAGUCGUCGCCAUCUAUGGUGUCAUCAUGGCCAUCGUCUUCUCGAGUAAAGUCAGCUACGUUGACCAGGCCGGACUUGCCCACGGCGAUAGCUUCUACACCGGCUUCGCGCUGUUCUGGGCAGGCUUGACUGUAGGAGGAUGCAACUUGAUAUGUGGUGUUGCUGUUGGUAUUAACGGCAGUGGUGCUGCUUUAGCAGAUGCCGCCGACGCCUCGCUCUUCGUCAAAAUCCUCGUUAUCGAAAUCUUCAGCUCUGUGCUGGGCCUGUUCGGCUUGAUCAUCGGCCUUCUUGUCUCGGGCAAGGCACUCGAAUUCGGCCACGCGUAAGGAACCUUCGAACCGAAAACUCGAAUAAAUGGGAAAGGGCACCCGCUGUAGGUACUUAUGCAUACAAAUCCAACUGGGAUUUCUUGGCGUUCGGAAGAGGUUCAACGAAUCGGACAGUGCAUUGUACCGGGGUAAUAUAUCAUGGCCGCUGUAUCAAUGUAUCAAUAUGACGACAGUUCAAAUUCCAGAAAGUUGUCUUGGUUAUUUGGACUGCAGGAGGUGAUAGCGAAAGCCUACAAUACAAGUUGUCCUAGUUCAAGUAUACUGUGAACCGGCAAUUCUGUCAUUGACGUGUUUAGACACUCCCCUAUUUCCAUGCCCAUCUUUAGAGAUGAGUCGCAUGCACUCCAUCGCUCGGCCU